GGGCUGAGACGUGGCAGGAGUUCCAUUCCAGAGGCAGUUUUCCCCUUGCACAAAAGAACUCCCAGAGUAAGAGCAAAAAGCGCCUCACAAACUGCAGCCAUGAACGGGACAGAAGGCCAAGACUUCUACGUGCCCAUGUCCAACAAGACCGGGGUGGUGCGGAGCCCCUUCGAGUACCCCCAGUAUUACCUGGCUGAGCCUUGGAAGUUCUCGGCGCUGGCUGCCUACAUGUUCAUGUUGAUUCUGCUCGGCUUCCCCAUCAACUUCCUCACGCUGUACGUCACCAUCCAGCACAAGAAGCUCCGCACACCUCUAAACUACAUCCUCCUGAACCUGGCCGUGGCCGACCUCUUCAUGGUGUUCGGGGGCUUCACAACCACGAUGUACACCUCCAUGAACGGGUACUUUGUCUUUGGAGUAACAGGGUGCUACAUCGAAGGCUUCUUUGCCACACUGGGCGGUGAAAUUGCUCUCUGGUCACUGGUGGUCCUGGCUAUCGAAAGAUACGUAGUGGUCUGCAAGCCCAUGAGCAACUUCCGCUUCGGGGAGAACCAUGCCAUCAUGGGUGUUGCCUUCUCCUGGAUCAUGGCCUUGGCGUGUGCAGCUCCCCCGCUUUUCGGCUGGUCCAGGUACAUCCCUGAGGGCAUGCAGUGCUCCUGUGGGAUCGACUAUUACACUCUGAAGCCAGAGGUCAACAAUGAAUCUUUUGUCAUCUACAUGUUUGUGGUUCACUUUAUGAUCCCACUGUCAAUAAUUUUCUUCUGCUAUGGGAACCUGGUUUGCACUGUCAAGGAGGCUGCCGCCCAGCAGCAGGAGUCUGCCACCACCCAGAAGGCAGAGAAAGAAGUGACUCGCAUGGUCAUCAUCAUGGUCAUCUCCUUCCUGAUCUGCUGGGUCCCCUAUGCCAGCGUCGCGUUCUACAUCUUCACCAACCAGGGAUCAGACUUUGGGCCCAUCUUCAUGACCAUCCCGGCAUUCUUUGCCAAGAGCUCAGCCAUCUACAACCCUGUGAUCUACAUCGUAAUGAACAAACAGUUCCGUAACUGCAUGAUCACAACCCUCUGCUGUGGCAAGAACCCACUGGGUGACGAGGACACAUCUGCUGGCAAGACAGAGACCUCCUCCGUCUCCACCAGCCAGGUCUCUCCUGCAUAGGCCCCAUGGGAGCAGCCAGUCCCUGGGGUGCACCCUGGCAGCACAAACUUAACCCCACCACUGCCACCACCUGCCCCUGCUUCACCGUGGCCAAGGCCCUGUGGGGCAGGCUCCUCGCUCCUGCCUCUAGGAACCCUGGGAACAAGGCUGAAAAUGUGUACACACGUUUUGUAAUUAAAAUGCAAAGGCUUAGCUCCUCUGGC